UGGUCUGAUGAAUCUGAGCACGACGAUUUAACAUUUCUCACAUGGUGUAGAUAGAUUGUUGCUCCUGCUAAUUGCAUGCCGCUUUUUCAUGGUCAUCGAUUUGUCACCCGAGACAUUUUCGUUGGGAGUGCCCCCUUUUCCUGUGUUCCAGUUUUCGUCUAGAUUUCUGCUGAAUUUGGUUUCUGGUGUGAGCAUUUUCGUGGAUGCAUGGAUCAAGCAAUGUAUGGAUUGUGUGAGCAUUUUCGUGGAUGCAUGGAUGCAUGGUGUGAGCAUUUUCGUAAAUGGAUAGAUUGAGCAUUUUCGUAAAUGGAUGGAUUGAGCAUUUUCGUAAAUGGAUGGAUCUUACAGUAUCUGAAUUUGGUAAAUGGAUGCAUGGUGUGAGCAUUUUCGUGGAUGCAUGGAUUGUGUUGUCUCAGUUGUGUUGGAUUUAUGUUAAUGCCGUAGGCCUCAAAAUGUACCAUGCUGACAUGGUGUGUGUUUGUUGUCUCUGUAGUCUUUGUCUGAACCAUGGAUGCUAAAUAAUUUUUUGUAUUUUGUGUAAUAGAGGGUCCAUGCUUGGUUAACUUCUGAGAUUUGAAUUCAAGUAGGUUGUUUUCAAGCAAUUUAGAGUUGGGAUUCUUGAUGUGGAUAAUGCGUGAUAAUGCAUGUGUCGUUGCGGUCUGCCGUGAAGGGACAAGUGGAGUUGCUGCGCUCUGAGCUCCUCAACAUGGCUUCCUUUCAACUCGAGAAAACGGUUCAACCUCUGCGCGAUGUCGUUGAUUCCAUGCAAGGUUGGAUGCUUCGGAUGGGGAACUUUCUAGAGCGAGCUGAGGCUGUUCUGAGUGGGCUCUCGCAGGUGUCACCUAUGUUGCAAACUGCCCCUAUGCAGCGCCCCCUGGUUGUGCCUGAUGUCAACCUUGAGGACGAGAAUGGAGAUGGGCUUCAUGGACGUUUCUCUCCUCGUGCCGGGGUCAGAUCGCCGUUAUCUGCCUCUGAGGGUUCGUGCAUUGAUGUGGUUGUGUCUUCGGUGCUACAGAUCAUGCCUGAGCUUAUGGAGCUGUGUGGGGAAUCGACUCCGCCUCUAUCCGUUGAGCAAUUGAAGGUGGACCCCCUCGAGAUCUUGGUUGUGGCAUUACCUCCAUUACCACCCCUCGAGCCCAACCAGAUGCUUGACUUCGAGGAGAAGGGGCAUUCAGACGUUGCAAUGUCUUGCUCGUCCGAGUUCAUUGGGCACGUGGUUUCUGUAGAUGAUGUGGUUGUCGCACCCAGAGCAAUGCUCGUGUGCCUGGGGCUCUAACAGCGAAAGAGAUUUGUGCUUUCCUCGCUACCUUGGACGCUGUUAACCCUGGAUCCGACAAGACGAUUGGGUGUCUCCUUAAGGAGAAGGUCAUCAGGGAUAAUAAAAGUGGUGCUACUAGCUCUCGUCCUGUCGUUUUGAAGAAGAAAUCAAACAAGUGCAGAAGCAAGAAGAGUGGCGCUAUAGAAAAGGCGUCCGCACUUGCUUGAUGGAUAGCUCUCAGUGUUUGGACAUGUCAUCACGGGUGUGCUCAGGGUCCGUGGCAUUUGCCGAUGUUGGUUCCUCUAGUUACCAUGUGGGGGCUCACUUGUGAAGUUGAAUUUCAUGUGCAAGCGGAUUGUAAGGGUGGUGUGAUGGGGGAGUUUGUCUGUCUUUCUUUGUGGUCUUGUGGUCUUAUGGUUCGGGAAUAGUCUGCUUGUAUCAUGGGGUUGUGGCUUGGUUGUCUUUCGGGGCCAAGCAUGUAACGGUUUUCGCCCGGUUUUCCGUAAAUUAACCAGGCGACUCUCUUCUUCUUAAUUAAUGAAUGAGGAAAAGCUUUUGUCUUCGUUUAAAAAAA